CCCAUCCUCGCCAGACUCGCUGGGCUUUAUGUCUGGCCGCUGUGGAGGUGAACUGCCAUGCGCGGUCGCCAUGUUAUCGCGCUCUCCUCCCCCUUUCUGGGACUCGUCACAGGCUGAUAGCACUAGCACAGGCUACAUUACAAGGAGGAGGCAGCUGGUGAAUAGGAGCAGAGUGGGAGAGAGACUAACACAGGACUAAAACAAAAGAAAGCACGGGAUGGAAUAAAGCAGGACAGCGCUGAGUCGCUCGGUUUCGCUCUGUCAUCUGACGCCGGCUGAAGCACUUUGUUUCGUUUGAUUUUGUGCUCUGGUGACUGCGAUACAACAAUUGAAAUGCGCCUGGCAGUUUGAACUGUGAUGGGGAGAGACUGUGUCGUUGUAAGUUUGGAUAUAUCGAUCGCCUCGGCCGUCUGUGUCGACUCCCUCACGUUUAAACGUGUGUGCUGAAUGGUUUUGCGAGGAAAUACGUUUGAAAACAACAGCUGAAGCGAGUCCGUGUCAGCUAGCUCGCUAGUGAGUGUUAACUAGCAUUGGUGUUAGCCUGCUCCUCAUGGUGGACAUUUAAAUACACCUCAAGUGGAAUUAUCGUGGCAGUUACUGGAAAGUGUUGUUUUUAUGUGGAAAUUACUUGAGCGGCUUCAAGUUGCUUCCCAAAAAGAGCUUGUUCACUUGAGCUGUGUUUAUAACUUUGUUGGAGACCAUCCUCUAGAAAUGAAUCACCACGACCGAUCCGGGGACUCCAGCAGUGCUGGAAAAAUGGGUUAUCCCAUGAGUUUACCCAAACGGGAGAGCAGCAGCUUGGUAUGUGGUUCCUCCACAUUGACAACUUCUGGAAGCACCAGUCUUAAUAGCAACAACUUGAUACUGGGGGAUGAUUAUUCAUCACCGGCGCUGAUUCAGUCUCAAACGCCGGCUGCAUCCUCGCUCGGGCCCCAGAACCCUCCCCAGAGCCUGAAUAUCCCUGUGCAGGCCACCCUGUUACCCCAAACUCUGCCCACCACAGUGGCGCAGAUGAAGAAGAAGAGUGGCUUUCAGAUCACAAGCGUUACGCCCGCUCAGACAUCUGUCAGCACCAACAACAGCAUUACAGAGGACACUGAGAGCUGUGAUGACUUGGACGAGUCCCACACCGAAGACCUGUCGUCCUCCGAGAUCAUGGAUGUGUCUCUUUCACGGGCCAACAAUGCGGGGGGACCGGAAAGGAGCUCCUCGGAGGAGACGCUGAAUAACUUCCAUGAGGCGGAGACCCCAGGGGCCGUGUCGCCCAACCAGCCUCCCAUUCUCACCCAAGCACACAUGCAUGGCUCUAUGGUUAAUGGUACUGUGCACCAUCAUCACCAUAAUCCUGCUUCCUCUGGAAAAGCCCAUCCUGCUGGUGGGAUGCAGAUUGGGAUAUCUUUGGGUGCCGUGGUCACGUCUGCGGUGACCUCAAGUUCUGCUUGCACAGGCCAGAAAAUGCCUUCAAAUGUGGUAGGAUUGAGUGAGAGUGCCUCUGUUGGCACAACCGCUGUCAAGCCUUUGGCCACUGUUGCCUCAGGAACUGGAAUGAUCUCUGUGACUUCAGGUGCCACAGUUAGUACUGGUAAACCUAUAACAAAUAAUGUUUCUAUGUUAAAUUCUGCCAGUGUGCCUGUUGUGGGUGGCAAGAGCACCAACAGUAGCAGUGUAAACUACUCCCCUGCUUUGAAUAGUAUUAGUAACCAAAUUGUAAACUUGACACACAAUCCUAGUGGAAUAAUUGGCAUGGGCAUCACCACUGCUACUACCGUUUCUGGUGGUGUUGCUUCAACAGGUGGAGGGCAGGUGGGCCCAGCUGUCAUGGGCCAGCACGCAAUGCCUGGUCCCUCUGUCCAGCACGCAAUGCCUGGUCCCUCUGUCCCGCCUAUGAACGCUCAGCCUCAGCAGGCCCAAGUGCCUACUCCAGCCACCACCAGCUCACGUUUCAGAGUGGUCAAAUUGGACUCUACCUCUGAGCCUUUUAAGAAGGGUCGGUGGACUUGCACCGAGUAUUACGACAAGGAGGCCCCGAACGCAGCGUCCUCUGAAAACGCCCCCAGCACCCAGACAGUGGAAAGCAUCCGCCAGUUUGUGCCUGAGAGUGUGGCGUGCCCGGACCGAGAGAGUGUAAGCAGCACAGCUAGCCAUUAUACCGAAAGCCUGGGCAGCGGAGAUACGGGCGGCCCCUGUUUGACCUUCCAGCAGCCCACUGCUCAGAAGCACGAAUACUCAUCUACUCAUAACGUGUCUCAGAUGCAACCCCAAGACUUAGUUCACAUGCAUCUUAAGACUAAUGCGGUUGCUCCGAGCAUUCAGCCGCCGACUGCCAUGGGAGGACUGCAGACCACAAUCGGGCAUUCGACUGCAGCUGUGCCCGCUCAUAUGCCUAAACUGACAUACGCCCAGGCAGCACAAUCCUCCCCUGCUCAAGCCCUGCCUGUGGUGACCCAACAGCAGAUGGGCUACCCGCCAACACAGCAGCCGGCUGCACCGACCCAGGUAGCGCUGGCACACAUUAACCCCUUAAGCCAAGGAGGCAGCUUGCCACCUGACUUCACUCAACCCAAGCAGAUCAUGAACACUGUGCCACCUGGGUCAACACAAACACUUCCCCACCUGUCUGCCCCCAUCCCUCCGGUGGCGGGGAAUGGUCAGCUGAUUGCAGCUUCGCAGCAGCCCGUGGGGACUGUGCCACCCCCUGCUGCUCAACCCCCUCCGCAAGGGCUCCUACAGCAACAGUCACCCGCCCCGCAGAUGGUCCAGCUGGUGCAGCCCGCCAGUGCUGGUCUCAUACAGCAGACCCAGGGGCAGCAGCUCGCCCCUCAGCCCUCCAUGGAGCAGCAGCAGUCGCAGCUCAGCAGUCAAGGCCGCGGCACCCAGUUCGUCCCGGCCUUGACCUCCUCAAACGUGCCUCCGAACCUCCAGAGUGAGUCCAGUUUGAUCCAGAACGGCUCGAAGGAACCCGGGCCUGCGGUGAGCACCCUGCCCUCUGUGAUGCCCACCCUGCAGGAGGAUGCCCAGCUCCUGUUACAGCCCCCGGCUCUGCUCACGCAACCCAAGCCCGCCGGUGCUGAAGUUUCCUCCCAGGUCGGCACCUCCCGUGGUCCUGAAGGAAGCGGUGGAGUUAAUGCCUUAACUGCCUCGGCCAGCCUGCUGAAGAGCUUACCUGUGGAUGGAGAAGAGGAUGGCUCAUCGGGUGCCAGUGUUGUGGCCAUAGACAACAAAAUUGAACAAGCGAUGGAUCUGGUGAAGAGUCACUUGAUGUACGCUGUCCGUGAAGAGGUGGAGGUGUUGAAAGAACAGAUUAAGGAACUGAUUGAGAGAAACUCUCAGCUGGAGCAGGAAAACAACCUGCUGAAGAACCUGGCCAGUCCGGAGCAGCUCGCACAGUUCCAGGUGCAAGUCCAGAGCGGCUCGCCGCUGCCGCCGUCCACGCAGGGAGCGCAGCCGCCUGCCCCGCCGGCCCAACUCGCAGCACAGAACUCAGGCCCGUCGGCGUAGCACCCAGCAGAAGUUCCUGUUAAGGGCGAUGAGUGGCUCGAGACGCAAAGGAACAAACAUGCCUCACUCACAUGUUAGACUGACCAAAUUUGCACACCUUUCAAAACUUGACAAAUGUCGUACUGAGGUGAUUUAUACACCAGUGACAAUCCAGUUGGCUGAGGCGGGACGUUGCCAAAAUCCACGGAAUGUGAUCGUCAGGAAAACAGUCCUGGAGGACGCGAUAUAAAGAAUCACUGUGCCUGUGUCUGAAGUCCCAAUGGUUUUCAGUCAAGUGUCUCCCCUUACCUUUGUAGUGUACAUGCUGACGGCGGUCUUUUUAGACCGCGAGCUUCUAAUAAAGCUAGCACUUUUAUGGUGACGAAUGUGAUGAGACUUUGAAGAGCUGCCGAUCUGUGCCCCAGCUGGCAUGGGGAAGGCAGACGCAUUGACUUCCACAGUUGCAUUGGUGUAAUCAUGAUACUUUGUUUUUUGAAUGAAGAAAACGAGGAGGUAUGAUGCUUCGAAUCCUCAUUCGUUCUCUGUGCGGUGAGAAUGGCGGAUGAGCUGAAUUGCGAGGUGGACAGGCUGUAUAUUAUUGUAUGAUUAGUGUAAGUAUUUUGUAAAAUAGCGAUAUCAUGUGAAGCGGUUAAAGAGACACUAUAUAGGUUGUACAGAUUUAAGGUAGUUGGCUUACCCAAGAGACAUCAUCCUUCUUUUUUUAUGCUGUUAAGCGGGAUCGGUCUUUCGAUAUUUAUCUGACAGAUGGAAACUACUCCUCUAACACCUACUGUACACUACUUCGUUCCCUUGAGAUGAUUUUGAAGUAUUACACCCAUGUGAUUUCUGUUUUCAGUUUGGACAGUGAAGUAUUCUCGAUCAAUCUUUUAACUUACAGUUACUCUUCACUAUCAUAUAGCUGACAUGGAUUUGCAUUGUGUACAACUUAUGUUAUCUGUGCAUGUUCUCAAAACCAGGAGAUAAGUUGUAAAAUGCUAAAAUUGCACUGCAGUUGCACUUCACAACUCUCAAUAAAGUCAUGUUUGUGAACACGGUU